GUGGGGGUGCGGGGAAUCUCAUUGAAACCUAUUGAAUAUUGAUAGGCCCAGAUUGGGUGGGCAUGCGGUGGGUGUUUCCAAUAGUGUGAGAGUCUAGGACAGCAGGCACAGCCUCGCAUUAAGAGGAUGCCAUCUUUCAGUCUGCUCCACCAUUUGAUCACAGAUGCUGUUUUUUUACCCCUCUCAACCCCGUUCUCCUGCCUCCUUCGCAUAAUCUCUGAUGCCUUUACAAGUUAAGAUUCUAUCAAACUCCUCUUUAAAUAUACCCAAUGGCUUGACAUCCACAACCAUCUGUGGCCAUGAUUGAUGAUGAGAAUGAUCCCAGAAAUGAAAGGAUUAACACAGCUCUCGGUCUGUGCUUGCACAAGUUUGGAAGAACGUGAAGGCUUGAAUUUGGAAGCCUAGACAAAGUGGAAAUGUACAGGAUGUUUCCAAUACUGGGAGUCUAAUACUAGACAGCACAGUCCCAGAAUAGAAGGGCAUCCGGUUAGAACAGGAUUUCAUUAGCCAGUGGGCAGUGAAUCUGUGGAAUUCAUUGUCACAGGCACCUGUGGAGGCCAAGUCAAUGGGUUUAGUUAAAGCGGAGGUUUAUAUGUUAUUGAUUCAUAAGAGUGUAAAAGGCAACAGGGAGAAGAUAGGAGAAUGAAGUCGAGAAGAAAAAUAAAUCGGCCAUAAUGAAAUGGGGGAGCAGACUCAAUGGACAAAUUCAGCUCCUAUGUUGUAUGGUCUUAUGAUGUCACUGAGCAAGGAGGUCACAGGCUGCUGCUGCCAACCGGAGAUGAGAUUCACGGACCCAGGGGUUCAUUUCUUGCCGAGGUUCAUGGUGACCCAAGUCACCUCUGCCACCUAACCCGUGAACUCCCCAGUCGUGAAUGGUGACCCCAGUCUGCCCUCUGGUGACUCAUGACCCCAGUGUUCUCUCCACUGACCCAUGACCCCAGUGUCCCCUCCCCUGACCUGUGACCCCUGUGCUUUUGGAUAGACACUCCCUGAACCGUUAAUGCCUCCUCCACUGCGACAGAACCUGUGAGGGCAUCAGGAGCACCUGCUGGGCGUAUUAGGAGGUCAGAUGUAGCUGAGGGUGGGUGAUUGAGGAGUGGGAGAGGGUUGGUUGGUGAGGGUGGUAGGUUUGGAUUGGAUAGGAGAGAGUUGGGCAUGAUGGGGUCCCUGAACUUGGAACGACACUCACAACCUCAAGGUGUCUGCGUGGGGAGCAAGGCUUCUGAAGGAAGCACAGACCAUGGUAGAGAGCACAGCAAGAUCCAGAGCAUGGUACCUUCUACUCCCUCCUAUUCACUGAACCCUUCCUGCCUCUCCCUCCCUCCUCACCACCACCUGACGAGGAUCUUUCUGGCUUAUGGUGAGGCCAUUGCAGUCGGGUGAGAGAGUGGGGAUUUCACUGAUUAUGCACUGGGAGGUGUCCAUGCCUCAGGAACAGGGGGAGUCUAGACAGGAGUGAAUCCUGACCAGGCCUUGCUACUGACCGGAACAACUCAACUGUAUGGCUGGUGGGACUGUGAGAACAACCCGGGCUGGAAUCGAGAAAAUGAAUGUGGAAUUGCUUCAGAGCGGAUUCCCCGGCCGUCCUGCCCUCGGGCUAUGAGAAGAGCGGACGGGCCACCAUGCCUGAUCAGGGUCGAUACUCCAGCGUGCCCUCGGGGCAGGGCUCCCAGGACCCUGCCCUCGACUGCCAGUCCUCUCCCUCUCCCUCUUCCAUUCCCUCUACCUCCGGUGAGGCCGUCCAGCUUCGGAAAGAGAUCUCCCUGCUGAAUGGCGUGUGCUUGAUUGUGGGGAACAUGAUCGGCUCGGGGAUCUUCGUCUCGCCCAAGGGGGUGCUGAUGUACAGUGCCUCCUAUGGCCUCUCGCUGGUCGUCUGGGCGCUGGGGGGCAUCUUCUCAAUCUUCGGGGCACUUUGUUACGCCGAGCUGGGAACCACCAUCACCAAAUCGGGCGCCAGCUACGCUUACAUCCUGGAGGCUUUCGGCGGCUUCCUCGCCUUCAUCCGCCUCUGGACAUCGCUGCUGAUCAUCGAGCCCACCGGCCAGGCGAUCAUCGCCAUCACCUUCGCCAACUACAUGGUGCAGCCUAUCUUCCCCACCUGCGAGCAGCCCUACCUGGCCGCGAGACUGCUGGCUGCUGCCUGCAUCUGUAUCCUCACCUUCACCAACUGCGCCUACGUAAAAUGGGGGACGCGUGUGCAGGACAUCUUCACCUACGCCAAGGUGCUGGCACUGAUCGUGGUCAUCCUGGCCGGUUUGGUCAAGCUGGGCAUGGGCCAGACGCAGAACUUUGAGAAUUCCUUCCAAGGCUCCUCCUGGCAUCCAGGUGACAUGGCCCUGGCUCUCUACUCAGCCCUCUUCUCAUACUCCGGCUGGGACACACUCAACUUCGUCACCGAGGAAAUCAAGAAUCCCACGAGGAACCUGCCGCUCUCCAUCGCCAUCUCCAUGCCGAUUGUGACGGUGAUCUACAUUCUGACCAAUGUGGCCUAUUACACCGUGCUGGACUUCCACGAGAUCUUAGCGAGCGAUGCUGUGGCCGUGACCUUCGCCGACCAGAUUUUCGGAGUCUUUAACUGGACCAUAAUGGUGGCCGUCGGUCUGUCCUGUUUCGGAGGUCUCAACGCUUCCAUCCUCGCCGCCUCCAGGCUGUUCUUCGUGGGAUCGCGGGAAGGUCAUCUCCCGGACGCGCUCAGCAUGAUCCACCUGGAGAGAUUCACGCCUGUCCCAGCGCUGAUCUUCAACGGAGCCAUGGCGUGUGUCUACCUCUGUGUGGAGGACAUCUUCCAGCUCAUCAACUACUACAGCUUCAGCUACUGGCUCUUUGUGGGGCUUUCCAUCGCCGGGCAGCUGUACCUGAGGUGGAAGGAGCCCAACCGCCCCCGCCCUCUGAAGCUCAGCCUCUUCUUCCCCGUCGUCUUCUGCCUCUGCACCAUCUUCCUGGUGGCCGUCCCUCUCUACAGCGACACCAUCAACUCACUGAUCGGGAUUGGGAUCGCGCUGUCUGGAGUUCCCUUCUAUUUCCUGGGCGUUUACCUGCCGGAACACAAGAGACCUACAUUUCUCCGUGACCUCCUCGCCUCCUUCACCAGGUACUCCCAGCUCAUAUGCUACUGUGUGCUGACCGAGAUGGAUUCGGGGGACACAGAGACAGCAGUGGAUAUGGCCAGUGAGAGGAAGUCGCUCUGAGCCCAUGGCCGGGCUGGGGCUGGGGAGAGGUGCAGCAGUUUGGCUGACGGACUGAGGGAUGUGUCGCACGUGGCACCGGGAUCAUUGGGAAUGGAGUCUUUGCCAGCGGAAGUUCCCCUGAGGGCUUCCGUUCCUCGAGUAAAACAGUGACGCCUCACUGCUGCUCCUCUCCCACAACCGCCCGAAGAGUCUGGAUCCUGAUCUCCAGCGAAUGGACCUAUAUAGGGUGUCGGGGCAGAGUAUUCCAGACCCCAGGGCUCUGCUGGGUUUUACCCUUUCUGCUCCCACCCUUUUCUCCUUCAAAGUUUACCCCUCUGCCACCAUCUCCCGGUUCUCUCCACUCUCUCCCCAACCCAGCACCAGGCACGCUCUCAGCCCACCCCCUGACCCAGUGAGGGAGGAGCUAAGGGUGAGGUGUGGAAGCAAAUCUGUUACCCCUAACCCAUGCGGGACCACUCAUCGUGCCCCGUGACACCUGAAUCCUCUCGACGAUCAUGUUCUCUCUGUCACAGCCCCUCCCUCUUCCUUUCCUCCAGUACGCCCUUCCUUCCCAUUCUCCCCCCUUUCGCCUGUGCCGUCUCCCAUUUUCCCUUCCUUCCCACUCUUUUCCCUCUCUCAAACCCCACCUCCACCCUCCCUCCUUCCCAUUCCCUCACCCACUCUCCUUCCCUCUCCACCCGUUCCCACUUUCCUAGCCCCUCCACCUCUUCCUCCCCUUGUAAACCCCCUCCCUCUCCCUCUUCCUCCUCCCAGUUCUUUUCCUGGUUUGCCUCUAGUCUGCCCCCACUGGUGGCUGGGCAAAGACUUGCAGAAGGGCUGAGUGAUCCCAUACGGCCAGACCUCAGGGUGGAGCCUAAUUCUCCGGCCGUGACCCCAGAGGGGACGAGGGGAUGGUUCAGCCCCUGCAGGAAACCGGAACACAUGUCGGAUCCCGAGUUCCGGUCACCGGACCCCAGGCAAGGCUGACCAACGGACUGAGCAGAACUCGGGGCCCCGAAGCAACUACUGACAAUCACAUUAAUAAUAUAAAUUAUGGCUUCUAUAACCACUCAGAAAAAUAUAUUAGAGUCUUAUGUUUCUGACAA